CUCCAACGUCCUAAUACAUCAGGCGGCAGAAACUUGUGUGUCGGGAAGACCUAGCCAAGUCAGGGAACGCCGCCACACUGUAGCAGACACCUUUGUAGAGAUUAUCCAUCUUCAUCACAAAUCACAAGCAUCCCUCCGUCGACGGGAAAGUGUCUUCCCCUGAAAAGGUUUUGAAAAUAAAGAGUGCUCUGCUGUUCUAUCAGUAUUAGCAGCGUUCUUAGUUGUUGUGCAGUACUUCGCAAGUUUUCCUUUUAACUAUUUUUGUCGUAUUCAUGGUGUUCUAGCUCUUUUUUUGAACGCCUUCAACAUGCAGGUUAUUGUCUAGUGUUAUUGUCAUGGGCGUUGUGCAUAGGUUUGAUGUCUGAUUGCAUCGUGUUAUGAUUGGCAUUCUUCAUUGAAACCCACAUUUUAUGUCUCAACUUGAAGCAUUUGAAAGUAAAUGCUGUUUCAGAUAUAGAGAAAACCAUAGAAAAGGAUUUAAUAAUUAUGAGGUUUUUCUCUUUCCUCUUCUUUUCUGUUGAAAUAUUCAGGUUUCAAGACUGGUUGCAGAUUGAAAAAAUGAAGCAUAUUGUGAAGAUUAUAACAUUAUUAAUGGCCAUUACCACUGUAUGGGUUGGCCUUUUACAAACUUCUACCAUUCCAAGCAGCCAUACUUGGUUGCUACCUAUCUAUUGUGUUGUGUCUUUAGGAUGCUAUGGCUUAUUAAUGGUUGGAGUAGGUCUCAUGCAAUUUCCUACCUGUCCUCAAGAGGCCCUGCUGUUGCAGCAGGACAUUGUUGAGGCCAAGAGCUAUUUGAAGCAAAGAGGAAUUGAUGUCAAUGGCAGCUGA